CAGCGGGCGGUGGCGGCGGCGGCGGUGGCGGCCGGGAGAGGCCCCUCCUUCACGCCCUCCUUCUUUCCCUCGCUCGCAGCGGAGCGGAGCCGGCGGACGCGGCUGGGCCCCCAACCCUCCCCGGGCCAUGGCCGGCAACGUGAAAAAGAGCUCCGGGGCCGGGGGCGGCGGCGGCUCCGGGGGCUCGGGCUCGGGCGGCCUGAUCGGGCUCAUGAAGGACGCCUUCCAGCCGCACCACCACCACCACCACCUCAGCCCCCACCCGCCGGGCACCGUGGACAAGAAGAUGGUGGAGAAGUGCUGGAAGCUCAUGGACAAGGUGGUGCGAUUGUGUCAGAACCCAAAGCUGGCGCUAAAGAAUAGCCCACCUUAUAUCUUAGACCUGCUGCCAGACACCUACCAGCACCUCCGCACUGUCUUGUCAAGAUAUGAGGGGAAGAUGGAGACCCUUGGAGAAAAUGAGUAUUUUAGGGUGUUCAUGGAGAAUUUGAUGAAGAAAACUAAGCAGACCAUAAGCCUCUUCAAGGAGGGGAAAGAAAGAAUGUAUGAGGAGAAUUCCCAGCCUAGGCGAAACCUAACCAAACUAUCCCUGAUCUUCAGCCACAUGCUGGCAGAACUAAAAGGAAUCUUUCCGAGUGGACUCUUUCAAGGAGACACAUUUCGGAUUACGAAAGCAGAUGCUGCUGAAUUUUGGAGGAAAGCUUUUGGGGAAAAGACAAUAGUCCCUUGGAAGAGUUUCCGACAGGCCCUUCACGAAGUGCAUCCCAUCAGCUCCGGGCUCGAGGCCAUGGCUCUGAAAUCCACUAUUGAUCUGACCUGCAAUGAUUAUAUUUCAGUUUUUGAAUUUGACAUCUUUACACGACUCUUUCAGCCCUGGUCCUCUUUGCUCAGGAACUGGAACAGUCUUGCCGUAACUCAUCCUGGUUACAUGGCUUUCCUGACAUACGAUGAAGUAAAAGCUCGGCUCCAGAAGUUCAUUCACAAACCGGGCAGUUACAUUUUCCGGCUGAGUUGCACUCGUCUGGGUCAGUGGGCUAUUGGGUAUGUCACUGCUGAUGGGAACAUUCUGCAGACGAUCCCUCACAAUAAACCUCUCUUCCAAGCCCUGAUUGACGGCUUCAGGGAAGGCUUCUAUCUGUUUCCAGAUGGACGGAAUCAGAAUCCCGACCUGACAGGCUUAUGUGAACCAACUCCCCAAGACCACAUCAAAGUGACCCAGGAACAAUAUGAAUUAUACUGUGAGAUGGGCUCCACUUUCCAGCUGUGUAAAAUAUGUGCUGAAAACGACAAGGAUGUGAAAAUUGAGCCCUGUGGACACCUCAUGUGCACGUCCUGUCUCACGUCCUGGCAGGAAUCCGAAGGCCAGGGCUGUCCUUUCUGCCGAUGUGAAAUUAAAGGUACUGAGCCCAUUGUGGUCGAUCCGUUUGACCCUCGAGGAAGUGGCAGCCUACUGAGGCAAGGAGCCGAGGGAGCUCCCUCCCCAAAUUAUGAGGACGAUGAUGAUGAACGAGCUGAUGAUUCUCUCUUUAUGAUGAAGGAACUGGCUGGUGCGAAGGUGGAACGGCCUCCUUCUCCGUUUUCGAUGGCCCCACAAGCUUCCCUUCCCCCAGUGCCACCUCGACUUGACCUUCUGCAACAGCGGGUGUCUCUUCCUGCAAGUGCUUCUGGUCUUGGAACUGCUUCUAAGGUAGCUUCUGGCUCCCUUCAUAAGGACAAACCAUUACCAAUACCUCCCACACUUCGAGAUCUUCCACCACCACCCCCUCCAGACCGGCCAUAUUCUGUUGGAGCGGAAUCCCGGCCACAGAGACGUCCCUUGCCUUGUACACCGGGUGACUGUUCGUCCAGAGACAAACUGCCCCCUGUUCCCUGUGGCCGCCUUGGGGAAUCAUGGCUGCCUCGGCCAAUCCCCAAAGUACCAGUGGUUGCCCCCAACUCUAGUGACCCCUGGACAGGUAGAGAAUUAACCAACAGGCACUCACUCCCAUUUUCAUUGCCCUCACAAAUGGAACCCAGAGCGGAUGUGUCCAGGCUUGGAGGCACAUUCAGUGUGGAUACCUCCAUGAAUGUGAAUAACAACCCAUUAGCAGGUUCAGAGUGCGAGCACCCCAAAAUCAAACCUUCUGCAUCGGCCAAUGCCAUUUACUCUCUGGCCGCCCGGCCUCUUCCUGUACCAAAGCUGCCCCCCGGCGAGCAGUGUGAAAGUGAGGAGGACACAGAGUAUAUGACCCCCUCCUCCAGGCCUCUGGGGCUUCCAAAGCCAGAUGGGAAACGGCCUUUGGAGACCGCCCAGAGUUCACGAGCGUGUGACUGUGACCAGCCGAUUGAUAGCUGUACAUACGAAGCAAUGUAUAAUAUUCAGUCCCAGGCGACGCCAUCAGCCACAGAGAGCAGCUCCUUCGGGGAAGGGAGUCUGGCUGCGGGCCAUGGGGGUGCCGGCCCCGAGGGAUCAGAAAAUGAGGAAGACGGCUAUGACGUCCCUAAGCCGCCGGUGCCGGCUGUGCUGGCCCGCCGGACCCUCUCCGACAUCUCUAACGCCAGCUCCUCUUUUGGCUGGUUGUCUCUGGAAGGCGAGCCCACCACACACUUCACCGAGGGUUCCCAAGUUCCUGAAAGGCCUCCCAAGCCGUUCCCUCGGCGAAUCAACUCAGAACGGAAAGCAGGCAGCUGUCAGCCGGGUGCCGCUGCCGCCGCCGCCGCCUCCUCGCCACAGCUCUCCAGUGAGAUCGAGAGCCUCAUGAGCCAGGGCUACUCCUACCAGGACAUUCAGAAGGCCCUGGUCAUUGCCCACAACAACAUCGAAAUGGCCAAGAACAUCCUCCGGGAAUUUGUUUCUAUCUCGUCUCCUGCCCACGUUGCCACCUAGCAGAGCCCUCUCCGCUGUGGCGUCAGGACCAGUGAGCCGGGCGCUGUCCCCCGGGCGGCCCCUCAGAGGGCAGAGGUUCCUCGGGAGACUUCACAGUGAAGUCUGGCCCUCUCUGUGGGAUUCCACAUCUGUGGUUCCAAGAUUUCAAAACAGUGGAAUGAACGUGGAGCAGCUAGUGUGUUUUACUUUAUUUGUUUUGAGAGUGGAUUUGAAGGUGUCCUUCAGCCCCCAAUUAGAGUGUGGAUUUUUAUUAAAUGGUAGCCUACUGGGGGAACAGUCCAGAAAGCGGUGGGAGAAGUAUUGUGCUGUAAAUCCUCAUGGGGGACUUCAGACUUCCCUGGGUUAAGGAGUGCUUGUGCGUGUGUGUGUCUGUCUGUCUGUGGUGGCGUGUGUCCUGUGAUUAUAAGGUGAGCCUGCUGUGUGGUUAAUCCUGGGCAGGGAAUUAGCACAAGAGACGUAGGAAGGAAUGGUCCGGAGACCUCCCUCUACUGUGGUGUGAGACCCCGCCCUGGUGUGUAGUUUGGCGCCCUCGAGCUCCCCUGUGGCUUGAAUUACCGUGCGCACAGCUCGAGUCUUGUAUUUUUAGAACACCCUCCCUCUGUCCUUUCCCCUGUCUCUGCCUCCUCCUCCUUGGUGUCUGUCAUUGGCCACGGGCUUGCUCCAACCAGCCUCACUGAAGCCCAGUGGCUUACAGGAUGUUCCUGAUUAUGUGUGAUGGUGUUGGUUUGUUUGGUGGAUAGACAGGGCAAGGAAAAGUACUGUUGCUGCAUCAUCACAGUCCUGUGUGAUCCUAGCGGCUAACACUGGUCACUCCAAAGCACUGUUUCCAUAGGAACGUUGAUUCUGUGACAAUGAGAUGUUUUAAUUAUCCUAAUGACGUAAUGACUGAUCUGAGAUAGAGGCCUUCAGAUACAUUCCAUGCCCUCCCCAGAAGGCCGUCUGUGGGAGUCCGUUGCCUUCCUGCCAGGUGUGUGUUCUCAUGUAGGUCACGGGCGUUUAUCCUUACUGGAAGGGAAGAACAUUUGUUUGCAGUCUGGCUUUCUGGCCUGAAGGCCACCAAACUUUGAGGAGCUUCCUUUUCAUGCUCUUUCCCUUGUUAUGCAGAAGAUGGACAAAAUAGAUAGGACUCAUCGGUUUGGUUUUUCUUCCCAGUGAGUCAGUUCCAUCUUGUGUGGGCACCUCCCUCGGAACGUGAGCCAGGUUAUACUUUCAGAAGAGGCUUUUGUCCUUGCCCUUGAAGGGGAGGGGAUGGCACCCAUGGUAGCACAGCAUUUUGCUGGUAAUUAGCACCAGUCCUCCCCUGGCACCACCAACGAUGUGGUUUUCUCUUGUGCCUGUGGCUUUGGGAACGGAGCAUCUCUUCCCCUCUUCUCGCCACACUGGUCCUCUGUGCUCUUCAGAGACCGCAUUCUCCAUAGCAGUGACAGGUCCCGAAGUGCGACGAACACCUUUGCAGGGGUCAGAGAUGGGGCGAAAAGCCCAGCAGCUGGUGCGCGUGUGGGUUUGUGAGGAAGAUUCGGAGUCCAGCGUGGGGGGGGCCGUGAAUCGGUUCCGGUAAGGUACUGCGAAAUGAGCCCCAGUCAGCCAGUGCUCUGGCCGGUCUUUGCUGAAUUCCCUAGCAGGCCGUACCCUCUUGCGCAGCAGAAGCAAACCUACUCUUUGAUACAUCUGCCCUCCUCUAAGUCUAAAUCAUGCUUUUGUCUUUAGAUCCAGACAGAAAUGAAUCUCUCGAGGUCCAUUUUCUUUCCCGUUUUUUCAUCUGUGGAACUAAAGCGUUUCCUGAUUCUUCUCUUCGCUUUUGGCUAUUCCUAGACCUUUUGGCUUUGUGCUCUUGCCUCAGAGCCAUUUACAUUCCCAGGGUAGAUGGUACUGGACCUCUUGUCGAUAGGCUCUGGCUCCCCAGUGUCUGCUCAGCAUGGCCGGGAGCAGCAGCCCUGCCCGGGCACACCUGGGAGCGGGACAGUGGCAGUCACUGGGAAGCAGUGACCUAGCGUCUCCUUCUAAGAGCCAGUAAGGAGCCUGUUUCAUUUGUGGUUAACACUCCGUUUGCAUUUUGUUUAGAUGGUGGAGUCAGGCAAAGAACCAGGGAAGAUGGCAGCAUUUUCCCUGCCUGUCCACACUGGAAGUUUUCCUUGUCUGCAGACCUCGUCCACAGUCUGAAGGGCCAAGGCUGAAAGCCAAACUCCGCUCCUACUGAUUCGGCAGCCAAACAGAUCAUCAGAGCUGUGAUCACCUGGCUCCAUGUUCCUGACUUCUUCCUGCAGGGAACGAGAGAGGCACCUCUCCUUUGCCUCACAAGUUCUCCUUCCACCCCUGCACCAGACUGGGAGACCAGGUUGGGGAGUGGGGGUAUGCUCAGGACAAGCCCCAUGUGACUCCUCAGGCCUGGCACUGCCUCCCUGCUCAGCCCCACCAGGGGGACGGGGCGGGGGUUUUAGGUGGGGUGGAGAGGAUGGUGUGCAGGCCAGGCUGUGUGCCCUCACUCAGUGCCCUGAAGUCCGUGUGUGUCGCUCCCUCCUCCCUACCUACCUCUGACCCUGUUGUGGGUGAGGGUGGCCGUGCUCAUGGCUGUCUGGAAACUGAAGAGGCAGAGACCUAUUAAGGAAUCUGUAGACCACAUGUUUUCUCUUCCUUGGCUUCUUUCUUCUGCUGUCUGGGUAAGCCUGUAGGCACAGUGCCCGGGAAAGCGGAUGCCUCCCGACCUGCCUGUCUCAGUGUCGUGGCCUUGACCUCCUGCUGAAACAUGUGGUAGGGGCAUGGCAGCUAAGAGGUACCGCCUACAUGUGCUUUCUGGCUGUGGUGACUUGGGAUUUUUAACCUUAUAUAUCUUUUUCCUUUAUUCAAAACAGAACAAUUUUUAGCACACUGAAGAAAAAAAAAGCCAAACAUUUUGUGCCUUUCUAAGGCAGCACUGUAUCCCAGGCUGCAUUUUAGGACUUAAUAUGGAAAUACCAGAGUCUUAGCUCCUCUACCUUGAGUGUCAGUCCUUACAGUCUAGGAGGGAGGAGGAGACACUGUGUGGGGCUGGGGAAGAGGGCACACAGGUGUGGUGGGGCAGCGGUCCCUUCCCCCUUCCCUGGUGGCUCCGUUGGUAAAAGCAAGCAUUACCCUGGGAUCAUUUGGCUCCAAUCAGAAUCGUAGUUAGAGGUUGAAUGCUGUGUCUCCAGCAGGAGGAGAGAGACUGUCCUGGGACUCCCAGGAGUGCUGUGGACCCUGCAGGUGUGCUAGCCUCCAGGUCCUGGGAAGGACCCAGCUGCGGGGAAGAGCGGAGGAUGGACUCUGCUGACAACAGGAGGUGGUUUGUGUCUUUCUGCUGGAUCCCAAACUGGCCUAGACCUCCUGCCUCUCCCUUCAGACAUGGCUUUUCUUUUAUUUGAAGAUUUCGGUCUUAAAGCAUUAAGCAGCCAGUGCCCUUGGUGGGGGCCAGUUUUCCCCUAGGAAAGGCGGCAAGGCCCACAUGCCAGAGCCUGGCCUCAGGAUCGUGGCCACUGUAGGUUUCAGCAAAGGAAAAAGAAAAAAAUGUUUUCUUCAUGGUAUUUUACUUCUCCCUUUCCCUUUUCAAUUCUUCCCUGCCUUUAACUAAUAAGGAAUUGGGGAAAGAAUUCUUUUUCAAGUCCUCCCUCUUUAGGAUAUUGACAUUCUUGGCCUGGGUGGGGCUGAGGAGAACUCGAUGCUUUCUCCAGAAUAAAGAGUCCCAAUUUGUAUAUCAGUGUUAAAAAUAAGACAAAAACUUAGAUGAGAUUUUUGUGGACUAUUUUAAAAAAUGUGUCAUUAAUAUAAAAAAAUUUAUAUUAGCAGUAUUUAAUCAUUCUCACCUGUAAAGAGUAAGAAAAACAGAAGGUAAAUAUUCUUACAGAGAAGAGCAGAGCUUUAAGAUUCAUUUUCGAUUUUAAGUCCCCUUUGUUUUGCCAGUGUAUUAAUGUCUAGAGGUCUGUUAUACUAAUGUUAUUUAUUAAUUUUUUUUCAUUUCCAUACACAGUUAACUAAAGAGCUUUUUCAAGCACCCAUGUCUGUAAAAAAAAAAAAAAUAUUUUUAAAUAAAGUUUCUUUUGUUGUA